UGCGCAUGCGCAGAGCAGUCCACUCCCAUGUUCGAUGCGGAAGUUAACUGUCAUAUGACUGCAAAAGAAAAGCUAAAAUGUUGCUAAUCCGUGGAUGACAAUUUUCAUCGAAAGAAAUGGAGGAGAUAAGAAUGUCUCCUGACUACAACUGGUUUCGAAGCUCAGUGCCCCUCAAAAGAAUUAUCGUGGAUGAUGACGACAGCAAAGUCUGGUCGCUGUAUGACGCCGGGCCGAAAAGCAUCAGGUGCCCGAUCAUCUUCCUUCCUCCAGUGAGUGGCACGGCUGAAGUUUUCUUCCAGCAAGUGCUGGCUCUUAGUGGAUGGGGAUAUCGUGUCAUUUCGCUCCAGUAUCCAGUCUAUUGGGAUCUUCUGGAAUUUUGUGAUGGAUUUAAGAAACUUCUCGACCACUUGCAACUAGACAAAGUGCAUUUAUUCGGUGCAUCCCUGGGAGGAUUUCUGGCUCAGAAAUUCGCAGAGGUCACACACAAAUCACCUCGAGUGCAUUCUCUGAUCCUGUGCAAUUCAUUCAGCGAUACAUCCAUUUUUAACCAAACGUGGACCGCUAACAGUUUCUGGUUGAUGCCAGCCUUUAUGCUUAAGAAGAUUGUUCUUGGGAACUUUGCCAAAGGACCCGUUGAUCCCAAAAUGGCAGAUGCCAUUGACUUUAUGGUGGACAGACUGGAGAGCCUGAACCAGAGUGAACUGGCAUCCCGGCUCACGCUGAACUGCCAAAACUCCUACAUCGAGCCACACAAAAUAAAGGAUGUUUCAGUCACCAUUAUGGAUGUAUUCGAUCAGAGCGCUCUUUCAAAUGAGGCAAAGGAGGAAAUGUAUAAACUGUACCCUAACGCUAGGAGGGCUCACCUCAAAACCGGCGGCAACUUCCCCUACCUUUGUCGAAGCGCCGAAGUUAACCUUUACAUCCAAAUACAUCUUCGACAGUUCCAUGGGACGAGAUACGCAGCCAUCAACCCUGCUAUGGUUAGUGCAGAGGAGCUCGAGGUCCAAAAGAGCAAUCUGAAUAACAUUAGAGAGUGCGAUGAUGAAUCAUAAGAAGACCCCCACCCCCCACCACCCUUGACCCACAGCCUACACUGAGCCAAUCACAGAAGCAAUGACUCUUUAAGUCAGUGCUAAGCAUCACAUGCCGGGAAAAACCUUAUUUUGGCCUCAUGUUUUUCUACAAUGGAUUCAAUCGAAAUGACGAACUCAAAGAGCCUAUUUUUACUUUCCAGAAACAAUAUUUUGAUAUGUAUUAUGGCUGUAAAUAAUUUAAGACUGGGUACUAGGUCUUGUUUCACAGGAUGCCAUUUUGAACUGGUUGCCUUAUACCUUGCAUUUGAUUAGUCUUGUGUUUCAUAUUGUCCUUUUUUCUCGCUUUAGUUUGGUUACUGUAACACAUGCACUGAUUGAAGAUAGAAAGGUACAAAUGUCACAGCUAUGUAAGGAUGGAAAAGCUGCGUAUUGACAAAGGAAUAAUUUGCAGAAAAAAUACAAAAUGUUCAGCUGAUUAGCCAGGACAUGCUUGCUGGUGUUGGGUUUUUGGUUUGUUUGUUUUUUUUUUCCCCAGAUUUGUACUGGAUCUAGAAAUUUAGUCACCAAAAAAAUGUAGAAGCCUGUCUCACCCUAGUUUGUUUCCUGCAAAUAUCUCAAUCAAACCAAAACUAGUUGUUCAUGACUGUCAGUGUCAUCUUCCUGUAAUCUAUAAACAUGAACCAAUCUUCAGUGUGUAGCUGAGCACUGUAAAAUGAUGGGGACAGCUUCCUAGGACAACCAUAAUUUUGUUUUCUUUUUUUCCAUAAUGCAACUUAUCAUUGUGCAUUUGUUCACUAUGUUUACACUACUAACUUGCGCAAUAUGCCACAACCUCUUGAAAGCUGAAUUGUAGAAAAGUAUGCUUGAUAAUACAAAAUUCUUUACUUUAUUUAAAAAUUACAUAGUAGAAGAAUGUUUUUUUGAAGCAGGUGGUUGAUGAUUUAGGCAAUAUUCAUGGAAAAGACUGGGUGAGAGAGACAUCAAUUAUUGAUUGAUUAUAUAUAUAUAUAUAUAUAUAUAUAUAUAUAUAUAUAUAUAUAUAUAUAUAUAUAUAUAUAUAUAUAUAUAUAUAUAUAUAUAUAUGAUCCAGCACAUUUGUGUAAGUGAAAAAUGUCUAAAUGAGGGUUUUGUUGAACAAUUCCUUUUAAAUUAUUUGCACAGGUUUAAAACUAUAUAUUAGACUUCAUCUCUGCAGGCCAAUUAUGAUUAGCAUGGCUUUAAUUCACUGUGAACAUAGUUUUAAUUUGCAUUUAUAUAAGAUUUAGUGUUUGAGAGAAAGUUAAGCGAGUCACACAUUGCUUAAGACGUCAGAUGGGGUUUGUAUUAAAUGUUAAGAUACUUAAGAAGCAGGCAAUGCUUAACUGCAAUGUGACAGUGUUUGUCUUCCAACAUGUAGUUGUUUCUUUUUUUCUGUUCCUUUUUUUUAAUCCUCCUGUGAGGACCAUGUGUCAUUUGAACAUUUGAUGAAGGACAGGUGGCUUGUCACAACUUCAGUUUCAGUAUUUUAUUAUAAAUCGCAUUUUGGAAUUAUGGUAUGUUUAAGUUAUGAUACAAAUUUAAGGAAAGCAUUUCAAUCAGAAUAAAUAUGUUCAUGGUUCAUUAUAAGAAUAAGAUGUGUCCGAUUCUGUUUACUGAAAAGGUCAAUGCAUUUGUCUGAUUGCUGAAAUACAAAUAACGAAAAAAAAAAAAUUAAAUCACCCUGUGACCACGUUCAUGCCUGUAGCCUCUAAAACUAAUCUUCUCCCAGACUGAUGACCUUAGCUGUCAUAUAAGUGGCACAGCAUUAAGGUUUUCUAUACUAAUAAUUAGAAGAUGUGUUCAAAUCCCAAGACUGUAACCAGAUUGCUCUUGUGCCGCUUCACUGUUUUCAGCUCUUGAGUUUUGACUCUGGCUCUUCCCUAAGAGCACUUAACCUUUGCCAUGUGAAGCAUACAGUAUUUUUUUUCUAGGAUCCCUGAUAGUCAUGAGAGGAGCACAAGAUCAUUCAGGUUCAUCUGAGAGUUCAUCUGAGCCUCUAACUUGGUUCCCUUCUGUUUUACUCAUUCAAAAGGCAAAUUUAGUUAAAAAUGUACUAACACAUUACCACCUGCAUUGUUGCACCAUCUACUAUCUGCAUGAAUUGUAUGUAAAUAAAUAAUUCAUCAGACAUUCA